CACUUUCAAUACCUCCCUCGAAGUCGCCACCGCUUAUGACGAUGCUGCCCGAACGCUCUAUGGACCAUCUGCAAAACUCAACUUACCUGAUCAAAGGCCAUUACCUUUUACAACUUUUUCGUCUAUUCAUGAACCUCUCAACCACAAAGGUCUCAUGGGCAACCAAAGAACAAGCACGAGUUCCUCCUUGAUCAACUACGAAUCUAGCACUGAUGGAAAUACAAAUAAAGGUGAUGAAGUUUCACUGCUAGGAGACAUAAACGUAGAGUGGGGGAGUUCAAUUGCAAACAUGGUAGAUGUAGAACAGUGUCUAAAUUGGCCAAAAUUUUCGGGGGAGAAUGGUUUUUGUUGGAUUGGUGUUAGUAGAUCAGGUGAUUUGACCGACGUGGAAGAAUUCGUUGAUUGCAAUGGAUUUCAAGAUCCAUGGAGCUUGUGA